CAUAACACUACAAAGGGCAUUCUACACAGCAGAAACACUUCUGGACUUCCAAAGGUCGACCAUAAUCAAGAUGCACAAAGCCACAAACCUCUGGAACUAUUAAAUGCUUGUGCACGAGCCUAUGCAAACAGGGUCCUAGUUAGUAGUGUUUCCAUACCUAUGAGUGUCAGCAGAGGAAAUCCUAGUGGUAUAGACCAAUCAACGCCUACCGCCUAUGAUUCAGACAGUUAUCUAGUAACCCUUAAAAGGGAAAAUCGGUCCACAACAGAAGUUCCUUGUUGUUGCAUCAGGCCACACAAAAAUUGUGAAGUC